AUGUCCACGCAGAACAAAGCUCCCAUUAAUAUAUGCGGUUUCAUAGUGGUCAACGACCUCAACAACAUCUCUGGAAGCAACUUCAAUUGGAACGAAGAUGACGCUGACCAGCAAGAAAGCGGAGAUCGCCCAUCCUGGUGUGAGAAUCGGCUUGCAAGCAGGAAGUUCCUGUUGUGUAAACUUAGAAUAUUUAGGUCGCUAAGAAUUGCGCCUGGGAGCAGCGGAAUCGGCGGAUCCAUUGGCAGCAGCGGAAUUGGAGGAAGGGGUGGCGUUGUCUUUGCUCAUCAGACUGGGACGGCAGGGGAGCAGACCAAGUGUGGGGGGCCGCCGGCGGUCGAGAUCACUAAGCGAUUCUAA